AAACAACUAAUUGAUAAUUAUCAAAAUAACAACAUGGAUAAUCUUCAAAAUUUAUGGGAAAAUGCUGUUAAUCAAUUUGACUAUAUUAUAAAUAACAAUGAUAUGAUGAACAAUGAUAAUAAAGCUGGUAUUCACUUUGUACCAAAUCCCUAUACAUAUUCUCCAAUAUAUCAAUCUUCUAAAAUAGUAUCUCACAAUUCACCUUCUAUUUCAUCAUCAUCGAUCUAUAAAGACAAACAAUUCUCUGUUAAGUUAGAUGACUUAUCUCCUUUUAAUUUUAAAGGCCUACCUGAGGAAACAAUAUCUAAUGAUUCUCAAGUUCAACAAGUUUUCUAUCACUUUAAUUGUUUAGUUAAAGCUAUGGAAAAAGGACAAUUUCAAUCUUCUAAGGAAACUUUUCUUGUUCAUAUUCUU